AUGAAUCCCCAUGUUUCCUGCCUCUCCGAAGAAGAUAUUGGCUCGAUGGACCCGAAAUCGACAGUCGCGAGCUCUAUUUCUUGCGCCGACCUGUAUAUUGACGUCCAGCAGCAUCCUGGUCUGGACGCCUUCACAGAUCCAGCUCAAGGUGAUGAUCGCUCUGCUCACGAUUUCAUUCUGAAUAUCUACGAUGAACGAACUCGAAAUCGGGCCGAACGAGGGCUGGGGAUGAACGUUGCGUGCGCAACGGAGGCGUGCGCUCGUCAGCAUCGCAGCUUCUACUUCUCUGUUGCACUGUCUGGAUCGCGCGCCCGGCUUAUCCGCUGGGACCGUGCUGGAAUGAUCGUCUCAGAAUCGGUCGACCUGCAUCAUGAUGCGCAGCCUAUCUGCGAAUUCCUGUGGCGGUACGCCCACGCCUCGCAGUCACAGCGUGGCCACGAUCCUACUGUUCAGCCUGCGAUGAAAGUGUCCGACCUCCUGCGACCUACGACGACAGCACGACUGCCAGGCGUGUGCUGA